AUGAAUUGGUUAUCUAUAAACUUGAAAGGGGCCGGUGGUGGGGAUAAACCAGCUUGGGUGAAAGAGCUAAGGAAGAUCAACAAGGUUGCUUUUUUGGCUCUCCAAGAGACACAGAUGGCUAAUCUUUCUGAUCACUUUAUCUCUAAGUUUUGGGGCAAUUCGACGAUGGCGACAGUUUCAGUGGAUUCGGUUGACAGGUCUGGAGGGAUUAUUUCAGUUUGGGAUCCUUCUAUUUUCUCAGUGGCGGUGACUGUCAAAGCUCAGUCUUACAUCUUGACUUCCAGAACUUUGGUGCGAUCAGGUGAACAGUUAAAUGUUUUGAACGUUUAUGCCCCGAAUGACUUCUCGCUAAGAAGGGUUUUGUGGGAGGAGUUGACCGGGUUAAUUCGUGACCGAGAUGGAUUAUGGCUCGCUAUCGGGGAUUUCAAUGAAGUCAGUUGGAUCUGUAAAGAAGGUUUGGAGGACUGUAUUGAGGCAGCUGUGGCAGCGACAUCGAUUUCAGGGGGUGGAGUUGCAGGUUUUGCACAUUUGCUCAAAACGCUUAAGUUUGGUAUUAAGAAGUGGCGAGCCGUUAUAAAAGACAAGGUAGAUGGUAAUAUUAAGAGCUGGGAGGAGGCUAUUGAUUCGCUGGAAGUCGCGGCCGAGACCCGUAUGUUGACCUCCCAGGAAAAAGAGCUUCGGAGCGAAGGACCUCCAACAAAAAAUAAUUGGAUUCGGGAUGGGGACGAAAACUCUUAUUAUUUUCACGCUAUUUGCAACACGAACAAAGGUAGGGGACGUAUUAAUGGGUUGGUUGUUAAUGGGGUGUGGAUUGAGGAGCCGAGUGCGCUAAAAGAAGCCGUAAAAAACCACUUCAAAAAGGUUUUUGCGGAACCGAUACGUAGAAGACCUUCGUUUCAGAAUGUUGGACUAAGGUGCCUGAGUGAAUCGCAGGCGGCUGCCCUUGUGGCUCCUUUCACAGGAUCCGCGAUAAAAGACGCCGUUUGGUGCUGUGAUGGUAACAAAGCUCCCGGUCCGGACGGUUUUACAAUUCGCUUUCUGAAACAAUUUUGGGACAAACUUAAACCUCAGGUCUUGUCUUUGAUGGAAGAUUUUCAUGGUAACGGGGUUUUAAAGAUGGGGUGUAAUCCAUCGUUCAUCGUGCUUCUUCCUAAAGUCAGUGACCCGAUCGAACUUGGCGAUUACCGGCCGAUUUCGCUCAUAGGUUUGUUGUAUAAAAUUGUGGCGAAAGUUUUGGCAAACCGUUUAAAACCGCUUCUUCGCAAUCUAGUCUCUCUGUCUCAGUCGGCUUUCGUAGGUAGUAGAAAUAUUCUUGAUGGGCCGCUCGUGGUGAGUGAGGUGGUCUCCUGGGCCAAAAAGAGCAAAACUAAAAUUAUGUUGUUUAAAGCGGACUUUGCGAAAGCCUAUGAUAGCUUGAAUUGGAAAUUUUUACUAAGAGCCUUGGAGUAUAUGAGGUUCCCGGAGAAAUGGACGGAGUGGGUGGCUGAAUGCUUAAAAUCAGGGAUGGGCUCGGUUAUCUUGAAUGGCUCUCCAACCGGUGAAUUCCGCUAUAAAAGGGGGCUCCGUCAAGGUGAUCCCCUGUCGCCUUCCCUUUUUAUUUUGGCUCUUGAAGUUUUAGACAUGUUCAUGAAUCGGGCAAAGGAAGCAGACUCCUUCGGUGCUUUAGCCUUCUCACUGGUUUGCAAUAUUAACCCGGAUAAGAGCAAAGUUUUUGGUGUAGGGGUGUCCGAUUCCGAAAUUAAUGAUGUGGCGAGCAUCUUCAAUUGCGGGGUUGGUACUUUUCCGUUCACUUAUUUGGGGCUCCCCAUCGGAGCAAACAUGAAGCGCGUGAAACAUUGGGAGCCGAUUAUAAAUAGAUUUCAUAAAAGGCUGAACGGGUGGAAAGCUAAGACUCUUUCGUUCGCGGGUCGAGUGACGCUAGCCAAGUCCGUCUUGGGCAGCCUAUCUUCCUAUUUCCUGGGAGUUUUUAAGGCUCCUAAAGCGGUUCUUAAAACUCUUGAGGGGAUUAGGAGAAAGUUUGUCUGGGGUCAAGUGGGUAACAAGAUUAAGAUUUGCUGGUAUCGGUGGAAUAAAAUGUUGCGUUCAAAGAGACAUGGAGGGCUAGGGAUGGGAGGUCUAGAGUCCUUUAAUUUGGCUAUGGUUGCCAAAUGGUGGUGGCGAAUUCGUGAGGAUCCGAAACAGCUUUGGGCCCGCGUAAUUGCAGCGAUACACGGCCCGGUGAAGGCGAAUAAAAUGGUGCCGUUGAACAAAAAUAUCACGGGUUGGUGGAAGGAUAUUGCAGAAGUCGAUGGCAGCAUCGGGAAGAUAGGAAUUAGCAUAAAAGACCAGCUUGGAGUGAAAGUCGGCAACAGGUUAAAGUCGCUUAUGUGGUUCGACAACUGGGUCGGCUGCGGGACUUUAAAAAACAUGUUUCCUAAUGUCUUCAAAAUUGCAUCUGACAAGGCAGCUUCGGUUUCCUCUUGUUUUGAAGUUAUAGGUGAGUCUCGCCAAUGGCGCUGGGGUUGGUCAAAAAAUCCUAAUUCUAACGUGGAGUGGGCCGAGCUAGGAAAUCUCAUGAGCUUAUUACACGGGUUGCAGUUGUCGGAUGAAGAGGAUCAGUGGGUCUGGACGAAUAAUUUAGGUGUGCAGUUUUCUACUAAGAGUAUUCGUGACGAGAUGGACGCAAAGGCUUCAGUUUUCACGAACGGGGGUAACUUUCGUUGGAACGCUUGGGCUCCGUUAAAGGACAAUUAUCAUGCUUGGAGGGCAGAGUCGGGAAAGUUAGCGGCCAAAGUUGCAUUAGUGAAACGGGGCAUCCAAGUGUCAGAAGUCAAAUGCAGUAGAUGUUCGCUCCGGGAUGAAACGACAGACCAUAUGCUCGCUGACUGUAUUUGGGCAAGGAGCGUUUGGUGGAACGUUUGUCGUUGGGUGAAAAUUCUCAUUCUUGCCGAGGACGCCUCGGUUGCUCAGAUCCUUAACCACUUUCAGUCGCAAAUCGGGUCUAAGAGGUGGAAAUGGGUCGUGCACCUGGUAGCUUUGUGCUGUCUCUGGAGGUUGUGGAUUGCCAGAAAUAACAAGGAAUUCAACGGGAUCAUGGAGCCGGUGCGGAGGAUUGUCGACUCCAUCAAGGAGGACUCUUUUUUGUGGGUUAAAAAUAGAGUCAAAGGUGUGUUUUUGGAGUGGAAAAACUGA